UUGAGGAAGAGAUGACUGAAGCCAUUACAGAAGAAGCAGUAGACUCAAGUGAGGAGGUGUCAGAGGAAAGAGACGACCUGGGGCCUCUUGAAUUACAUGACAGUGGUACCUUUCAACAAGUCGUGAACCUCCUGGACAUCAUUGACAGCGAGUCAGCAAAGAUGGACACGACAGGGGCAGGCCUUGACAUGCGGAAGACCCUGGCCUCGGUGAUAAUCACGGAGAAGGCCACCACUGAGCCUUCUGUGGUGAUAAACACUCUCAUCCGCUGCCUGCAGGUGCCAGAGAUUUCCACCCAGUGCAAGGUCAACAUUUACAACAUCCUCCAGGAGAUCAUCCAGCAGGAGGGGGAGCUGGAGGAGCAGUGCGUGCAGAGGCUGGUGGCCAUUUCCUCCAAGGAGAUGAGGGAGAUACCAGAGAUGGAGGGCUAUAUGAAGGCAGAGGUGGCCAGCGACACACUGGUGGCUCUGUCCCGAAACCACUUCAGCUUGGUCAUGUACGAGCUGCAGCACCACCUCAAGCCCCUCAACCUCACUGAUGAAUUUGUCAUCAUCACACUGGCCAAGCUGGCCAACGGCAAUGUGUUUGAGUUCAUGCUAAUGGGCAUCACCCUGGCUACCAUAUUCACCAUGCUGAGACUUGCCAAUGAAGCCAAGAUACGCCAGGCGAUCUGCAGUGCCAUGGAGACCUUCUGUGAGACGGUGCAGUUUUAUCUGAAGCACCUGGAGGAGAGCGUGUAUCCCGUGAUGACCGAGGAGCAGUUUGCCCUGAAGGUGUUCCCCAUGUAUCGCUACUUCGUGACAGUGUGGCUGGGGCACCACAACCCCGAGGUGAAGCUGGGGGUGAUCAAGUCCCUGAAGCCCAUGCUUGGCCUCCUUCUGCCCAACGAUGACCUGCGGGAGCAGGUCUACGACUACAUACCCCCGCUGCUGGCGGAGUACCAGGGCAGCCUGGAGGCGCUCUUCGUCACGCAGGUCUUGAGGCAGAUCCUGGAAGUGUCAGUCACCACCAACACCCCUGUCCCCCAAAUGCAGCUACACACCAUUUUCACAGAACUGCACGUCCAGGUGUGCAACAAGGCCCUGGCCCAGCAUCAGUACAGCAGCCAAAAUCUGAUGGAGAUGGUGCACUGCUUUGUAGCCCUCGCUCGCUCCUACCCCAAGGAGCUGAUGAAGUUCUUCUUCAGCCAGAUGGAGACAAACAAGGAGGCCGUCCGCGUGGGGACUCUGAAUCUGAUUAGGGCUAUAGUGAGCGCAGAUGAGCCCAGGAUGAGUAUCAGGGCCAUCUACCUGGCUAUCCGGGUGGUCAAGAACACCAUCUCUGAUACCCGGUCCAAGGUGAGGAUGGCUAUUCUCCGCAUCAUUGGGCAGUUGGCUCUCUCUGGCUACCAGGAGAGAAUCAAAGGCUGGGGCCUGAAGUACGUGUCUGUGCAGCUGACCUUAUCCACCUACAAACUGACAAAUCGCCGGGAGAACUUUUAUCAGAGGGACCUGGAGGAGAGGAUGGUCCACAAAGUCACCAUGGACACUGUGAGGAUCAUUACCUCUUCUGUCAGUGGGAUGACCAACGAGUUUUGGGUGAGGCUCCUGUGCUACAUCAUGGAGACAGACCACAUGGAAGCUUUGACUCCUAUCUGUAUCAGCCUCACAAACCUGGCAGAACACCAGCUCCAUGGCCAGGAUGUGGAUGUCAGCGUGGCUGGCAAGAGCAGGCAAGUGGACCUGCCUGCACCUCAGAAGCUGCUGGCCCGUCUCCUGGUGCUGAUGUCAUCACCUUACAAGGGGGAGGGUCGUGGGAUAGCCAUGCUCAACCUCUUGAGGACCCUGAGCCAGAGUAUCGCACCCUCCAUGGCCGACAUGUGGGAGCUGGAGAUUCCGCUACUGGUCCGGUACCUGGAAGAACAUACUGAGUUCACUUGGGAUCAGAAAGCCUGGGAAGACAAGCUGAUUCAGUUCCUGCGAAACUCCCUCAAGAAGACCCAGGGGUCUAGCUGGAGCCUGCGCUUGAGCAAAGAGCUGAACAACCAGAUUGCGAGAUUUGACAGCCCCUCUCUGGAGAAGGGCUUUCUGUACCGGGCCUUGGGCUUCACCUUGGCCACAGGCCUGGAGGCCAGCAAGGUGGAGGUCCUGCUGUUGGAGCUGCUGUACAAGACGGACUACAGCAAUGACUUUGACAGCGAGGGUGUGAUUAUGUGCUUUGGCCUGUGUGCCCGGGGCCAGGUGAAAACGGUGCUGAAUGUGCUUCAUGACUUCGAGGAGAGGAUCCAGGAGUCAGAGCAGUCCUGGCAGAUCAGUGCUUGGCGGAAGGACCAUCCCUGGAGGCGGGAGACAGUGAAAAGUGCCCUCAUGGUGAUGUGUAGCUGCGUGGCCUCCUACUGCCACCCCCAGUUGCUCCUCAACCUCGUGGACAGCCCCAUCACCGCUAAGAUCAUUCACCAUUAUGUCAGCAGCUGCCAGGACAUCUGUCUCAAAAUGGCCUUCAUGAAGAGUGUUGUGCAGGUUACCAAGGCCAUCAACAACAUCAAGGACCUGGAGGACUUUCACUUUGCCCGGAAGAUGACUCUUACCACCAUUAUAGUGGCGGUCAUCAAGGCAGAACCGACUGACAACCUGGUUUCUCCAGCGCGAGCCUUGGCGAUGGAGGCCCUCUCGCACCUGAGCAAGCUGAAGCCUUUCUACUCCACAGAGGAAAACAGUGAGCUGAUGGAUAUCAGCAUACACUCUGUAAUUUCUCUCCAACUCCCAGGAGAGGACAAUGAGUCCAUUAAGACCCUGUAUGCAAAUGCCCUGAGCUCCCUGGAGCAGCUGAUGGAGAGCCUCCUGCAGAGGCAGCUGGACCCCAAGGGGCUACAGGAGAUGGUGCAGCUCCUGGAAAAGUGGAUCUUGUCGGAGAAAGAAUGGGAGCGGGAAAAGGCCGUGAGCCUCCAUCUCUAUCUCAUGUGGAUUUAUGUCCACAGCACUGCUGUCUGCAUCCACCUAAAGCUGGGGCAGUUUGGCACAAUGGUCGGACUCAUUGCCCUGUGCACCUGUGAUGCCCAUCAAAGAACCCGCAUGGCCUCAAUGAAUGUCCUGUCCAGCCUGCUAGAUCUUCACGCAAGCCAGACCUGCUCCUUGUGGGGCCCUUCCAAGGAGAAGGAGCUUGAGAAAUGUAAGGGGGACCUCCAGAGCACAGACGUGGAGAAGAUCUUCUGUGCAUCCUCCAGAAUUGCCAAGGUGGUCUGCAUGGAGUUUAGCUGCGAUGAGGUGGUCUCGCUCAUCCAGAAGCUCUGCGAGAACAUUGGGGCCAUGAACCUGCAGCAUGACAAGGCCUCUGUCACCUGGAUAGCCUCCUUCCUCCAGAUGCGGGCCAAGGAGCUGGAGGACAAGGUGGCCGAGAUCCUGAGUGCCAUCCUGGUGCACCUGCCGGUGGUGGACCACCCAGAGGUGCGGCGCCUUCUCAUUGACGGCAUCCUGCUGCUGGCGCACCACCACCAGGAGACCAUCCUCACAUCGCUCCUGAGGCAGCCACUGCCCAUGGAGAGCCACCUGGCAGAGGUGUGGCUGGCAGUGUCCGAGAACAUGCCCUUCGCCCGGACCAUGCUUCACAGCCUGAUAGGCCGGCUGCAGUCACGGCUCAGCCCCAGAAUCAGUGCCACCUCCAAGGCUGACAUCUGGCGCCUGGCUGCGGUGGACCCCCUGAUGACCCUGUGCACCAUCCACCUUCUCAUUCAGAAGCUGGAUGAGAAUGACAAGCUCCCGGACUUCCUCCCUGACCUCAUCUACACCCUCCUGCUGCAGCUUGGCAGCAGCCACCGACCAGAGGCCGCCCCGCCGGUCUUGAAGAUGUGGAAGCUGGUCCACACCACUCCUCUGCCGGAGGAGAUGAACCUGCAAAGGGUCACUAUCAAGUCCAUGCAGCUCUUGUUCAAGAGAGUCAAGAGCCAGCACCUGGCACGUACCCUGGACGAGCAGGCAGUGUGGGACCUCCUGCAGGAUGGCGGGACAUUCCUGGAGGGUGUGAGCCUGCUGGCCAGGCUGUGCAUGCAGCACAUGGAGGGCCACAGGCAGAGGCUGGCCGAGCUGGUGUUCAGGGGCAUGGACUCAGAAGUCCUGAGCUGCCGCAUCAGCAGCACAGCGGUCUGCGUGGAAUUCAUGAGCGACCCAGUUCUGUACCAGGAGAAGCUGCUGAAGCCGGCAGUGUUGCUGCUGGAGAAGGGUGCCGACCAGGAGGAAGACGAGGCCCUGCGGGUGCUGUCCCUGCGCGCCCUCGGCAACAUGGCCCUGGGCGCCCCCAAGAAGGUGAAGCAGUACCGGAAGGUCUUGCUGGAGAAGUGCCUGGGCCCCCUGAGGGAGCCCGUGAGCACCAGCGUGACUGCCGAGGGCAUGGAGGCCCUGACCAAGAUCCUGGCUGAGCUCCGGGAAGGGGAUGUGGGGUCCUCUUUCGACGCCAUGUCUGAGCAGUGCAGGAUCUUCUUCGACAACGAGAGCGAGCUGCUGCGUCUGAAAUCCUUCAUCCUCUUUGGAAAGCUGGCAAGGGUGGUCGGGAUGUCCAAGAAGCAUUUCUUCAAAGGGGAGGUGAAGAAGGCCUGGAUCCCCCUCAUGCUGCACUCCCAGGACCCCUGCUCCAAUGCAGCCCAAGCCUGUAUGGCUACCAUGUUUCAGUGUGUGCACUUCUGGGGCUGGAAGUCCCUGGAGCAUCCCUCAGGGCCAAGUGAUACCACUACUGAUGACAAGAUGACCGUUUUCCAGACAACCAUGUGCUCCAUCCUGACUCGGAAAAAGCCGGCUGUUCUCUACCGCUUCUUGCUAGAAACAAUGGCCUAUGUUAAAAAUAACUUGUCAAGAAUCAGAAUCGCUGCUUGCAACUUGGCAGGAAUUAUUAUGAAGCAGAUGUCUACACAUUAUGUGAAAAAGCUGGACUUCCCAGCAUUAUGGAAUUCCCUCCAGGAACUACAGCUGGACCCGGAUCCCGGGGUCAGGAGGGCAGCCCUGGAGACCCUCACAGUCUUGGAUAGCUGUAGUCAGCAUGGGUUUCUGGCUUCACCCCAAGGAAUGUCCUAGGUGGUCCAAACAGAAGACGUAAACUGUCUUCUUAGUGCCAAAUGCAAGCCCUUUUUAAUUUAGUUUGUAAGAAGUUUAGUUUGUAGGAAAAACACUAUUGUAAAAUAACUAGUAUCCUUUUGUUUCCUUCCGUUGAAAUAAACCUCCACUGUCAUUGGAGU